AUGGCCACGAAACGGCACAGCACUGCGUGGGAUGUCGCUGCGCUGCGCUGGUCCACGUUGAGUGCGCAUGACGCAGCACCGAAGCCGGGCAAGCUGGGUAUAUGUCGCGGCAUGUACGGCUCGCGUUAUCUACCUGCCCAUCUUGGUUGUGCGUCGGAUUUGGGCCUCGGCGUGUUCCUUUCGUCAAGCGAGGAAGGCGGCGAGAGUGCACCGGUCGGCGCACCUGCGUCCGAGACGUCCAUGCAUGCAAUGGUGCUGCGGAACGAUGCUUUCUCAUCCGACGAUAUCUGCGCAGACACGCAGCGUGUGCGUGAGCAACGAAUUGUUGCAGGGGCGUUGGAACGCCAGUCUCCGUACUGGGAAGUCCAGCGGCAAACACAGCGUGGCCCUAUGCAGGCGCGUUUUGCACUUGUGGGCCGCGAUAUGGAACGCUUUACUGCGGCAUCCCAGCGCAGCACAUCGCUUCGCACGGACCGCGGCACAAAGCGCCGCGCCAUGGCACUCGUCGCGCGCAAAGAGUUGGGCAACACAGAUGCCGAGGCCGAGCACUCGUGCCAUUCCCCAUCUCCCACGCCCGAGUAUCCUGGAGACUUGACGCACAUUCUUCCGCGACUUGUUCGAUGGUCCGAGCGAGACGAGUCCUUGUACAAGCACGGCGAAUAUGGCUGGGUCUUUGACCCACUGGAUGAUGUGCGUAUGCCAAGCACGGACUUGUGCAUGGCACUCCAGUACUAUGCCGCGCAAUUUUAUCAAGCUCGACAUGUACUCCAGCCUGAGUCCAGCUUUGCGCGCAAGGACGAGCGCGACAAGUCGGUCUGUGCGGCGAUCCGCGCGCGGUGCAUGGACCAGUACGGUUUCCCUUGUACAAUGGCCCCUGGUGAGCCGCUAUGGGAUUACUGGAUAGCGAUCUCAGUUGGACAGGGACGGCCAAUGCUGCAAGCCUUGGACGGAAGUGCGCUUGUGGCGCUAUGUACAUUUAUGGAGGAAUACGCCUCCCGUGCCAUGCCCCCGCCCAUCCGCGACUCAGCGCCCGAUGAUGCAUUUCUUGGCGCAGCGCUUGCUGAAGAGCACACGCGAAACCGACCGCGCACAAUACACCAGCGAACACCUGCUUCAAUUAUGGCGCAAUGGGAUGAGGACACACGCAAUGUGCCCAUGUAA